GUCAAAACCAGUCGAAGUGCUAUGCUGAGGUGCCAUUGAAGUAGCGAAGGAUGUUCGAAAACAAAUCAAAUAUGGAUGGGUUAAAAAGUGGACUAAAAGGCGAAAAAGAAUUGAAAUUAGAAGAGGAAUUCAACAAUUUUAUGUACAAAGUCAACGAAGUUUCCAAUAUAAUGAAAAAACUAACAUCAGAUGAUGAACGUGAGCAAGAGAUAGGUGACCUGGAAGCAAAAAAAUAUCUCGGAGAAGAUAAUGAAAAAGUCCUUGAAAAUAUCAAUGAAGAGGAAAUUGUUUUAAGUGUAAAAAGUAACAAAACUGUCUUAAACAAGAACAUUUGUAGAAAGGAGAGUAAGGAUAAAACUACUAUGUCACAAGAGGCAUUUAUGAACGAGGUGUCUAAGGACGCAGAGAGAAGAUACCAAGACAAAAUGAUUCGAAAGGAAAAGAUGGAGACAUUCAAAAAGCGAGCUACUCUUGCGUUCAGGCGUGGUGAAUAUGAGAAGGCGUUAACAUUGUAUAAUAAGGCUAUAGAACAAAUCAAAGACUGCUGCUUUCUCUACAAUAACAGAGCCUUAACUUGUAUCCAUUUGAAACUCUAUUCAAAAGCUAAAGACGAUCUAACGGAGUGGGCGCUCAGAUUGAAUGAAGAUUGUUUGAAGUCAUGGUUGCUGCUUGCAAAAGUCCAUUAUUUAGAAAAUAAUAUGGAGGAAUUUCACAAAGCCAUUGCUGAGGCAACUGAAAGAAAUCCUGAAGAUAGUAACUUCAUAAAAGAUUAUGUGAUCCAGUUACAGCAAACCGAAAAGGCAUGAAACUUCAAUUACAAUGUUUAUAUUUUACAAAUAAAACAUCAGCUUAGUGUC